AGAAAACCCUUGCUGGCGACGAUCGAACCCACUGUUGGGAUCAGUCAGGUGCGAAGCACCCAAUCGAGCGGACGUUCUUUUCCAUUCCUCGGAUUUUAGCCGGCCAAAGGUUUCGGUCGUGAUCGAAAGAAUCUUGAAGCUUGUAUCGUGUGUGUUUCGUUGCGUUUUUUUACGCCUGUGAGGAUUCGACUCCGAGUAGAAAGGAGAGAAGAUGAAGAUCGGGAUUGCCGGUUAGGAUUCGAAGAAAUCUGAUGAUCGGUGUGCCUAAAAGUGAUCGCGACAGGUGUUUUGCGAAGACGAUCGGACCCGUAACGAAUCUCGGUGUAAGGUGCGUUUGAAUUGGAUUUGGAAUUGAUAUCCUUGGUGAAACUGGAUCAAGGCGAAAAGGAUUCAGGAAAAAAAAGUACUGGUGAUCGAGCCUGCAGUGUUGUGAAGUGAUCGUUAGAACAAGGAUUAUAGCAAGGGACUGAUAUCUGUAAAACAAUUGGGGGAGAGGACAGCCCGAAUCAAUUGUGACCAACCUUGACCAUCAUCAUCGGCUUAGCGUCAAGCAGUUUAAGGAGGACCGGACAUCGCCAGCAUCGUUCAGGGCAAGAUGGCGCACUUGUCGCCUCCACCAUCGCCCCCGGCUCUCAACAGCCAGACUCCGGAGCUGAGCUCCGCCUCAACCACCAAUCUCAUGCAACGGGCAUCGGCCUUUAGUUCCGUGCUCGGACAAAAGUGGAGCGCUAGAGAUCUUCCACUGUUGUACAACCCUCUCUUCUACUCGGGAGCCGCGUUCCUAUGGCCACAGUUCCUGCUGCCUCAACAGCCCAUCACUCCAAUCUCGCCGAAUCUGACGAACUCGCGAGACUACACCCUGACCCCGGAAAAGGAAGAAGUGAUCGACGAAGACAUGCCAUUGAACCUCUCAAUGAAGCCGUCUUCAUCGACGCCCAACUCUCGGUCCACGUCAGCAACCGUCGCAUCUGCGGCCGCCGCUGCAGCCGCUUCUCUAGCACAUUCCAUCCACAUCUGGUCCCCUGCGAGCAUGUGUGAGAAGGAAACAAUAGACGACAGCCAAAGCAAUAUCGACAUCGAGAACGACGAUGGCGACGAGGAUUCCUCGAGUGGGGAGCUGCAGAUCGACGAAUCGAGAGAUCUACGGCACAGCCAGCAGCAACAUCAGCAGUACAUGGAGAACCAGAAGGCUCGUAUUCUGACGGAGUACAACAAUCUUCUUCUGAACAGUGGCGCCGCCGCAGCCGUUGCCAGUGGAAUGAGUGGGAAGGGCGAUCGAAACUACUUCAACUACAGCAAAAUCAGCAAAGGAUACUUCACGCACUUGCAACAGCAACAGAAGAAUCUGGAAAUCCUGCGGCAGAACCGUACGGAUGUGUUUGUGGUGAACAAUGACAGUAGUAAUCUGAACAACAAUCGCGAAGGUGUGAAGAACAAUAACGUGAGUGCGUUCAGUGACGAUGGGGGUGAAAUUCGGGUGAAAAAUGAAAUCGCGCGGCCAGACUCGACCGGGCACAGUGAAGGAUACGUGUUCAAACGGGAACCUGGUCAUCCGGAGGAGAAGAAACCCGCUCGACUAUACCAGUGUAAACAAUGCGGCAAGACAUUCAAACGUUCCAGCACGCUAUCGACUCAUCUGCUGAUCCACAGCGACACCCGACCCUAUCCGUGCCAGUACUGCGGCAAACGCUUCCACCAAAAGUCCGAUAUGAAGAAGCACACGUACAUCCACACCGGUGAAAAACCGCACAAAUGUGUCGUCUGCCUCAAAGCGUUCAGCCAAAGUUCCAAUCUCAUCACACACAUGCGCAAGCACUCCGGUUACAAGCCGUUUUCAUGCGGGCUGUGCGAUAAGGCCUUCCAGCGGAAAGUGGAUCUGCGUCGUCAUCGCGAGGGCCAACACGGUGAAAUAGUUGGAAGCGGUUCCCCUCCUAAUGGCAGCACCCUUCCUACAAACGAUGACUACAAAUCGCCGAAUAUCUCCAUUGUGGGUGCUGGCGGCAGCCCCUCCAGUCCCGAUCUGCAUCGUAGCUCGCCACCGAACCAUCAAUCGGCAGCUAUGGCAGCCGUUGCUGCAGCGGCUGUAGCUGCGGCAGCCGCUGCAGGCUUCCAUCAUAACCAAAACCACCACCACCACCACGCUUCUGCUGGUGCUCAUCAUCGUAAUCACAAUCACCACGCGGACAUUAAAAUGGAAGUUAGCAGCAGUUGCUCAUGAUUUAAGCCAGGCUGGGCCCAGCUCCCGCCGAUGACGCCGAUUUAGUUUAUUUUCAUACCUAAACCUACUUACCUUUUACGAAACACACUCAGCCCGAUUCACAAACCCUCGACCUAAUGACGACUUUUUUUUUUUUUUUGAAAAAGACAGAAAAAAGAGAUACAAAUUCUGACAACAACAGAUGUUGCUCAAUUUGGGCGCUUCUUCUUCGCACUCGCCUACUGUGUCUUCGGAACACGCGUCAGAUGAUGUUUCUGCUUUAUUCGGCCUUUGCUUUGUUCUUUCCUUCUUCCACUAACCUUGUUCGCAACACCGAAGCGAGACCGAAGAGCAGAUCGCAUCCUAACAAUAAAAAACGCAUUUAAAAAAUCCGCAUCUAACUUAAGCUAAUUUGUACAUUGUAGUCGUACUGGUCAACCGAGUUAUAGACGUACUGGUUAAGUUAAUCACGCAUCCUUAGGUUUAGUUAGUUAAUUUUUCUGAUCUAGGCAAACCAAAGCUAAUUGAUUUCGACCCAUUCUGGGAAGAAAUUCUUUUUUGGCUCGGCUCUGAAAAAAGCGAAGCUUGCAACACCAAAUUCAACACGCCUGUAUAUAAUUAUUAUUUAGAAAGAAUCCAUAUUUCCGGACCCACAUUCGCGUACAUAUUUACAUAAUGUCUAGUCUUGUUUGUAUGAUAGUAAUACGAGAAAAAAUCAAUCCGGGAACACCUUCCGAAGGAGUUCCCCUAGGGAAACGAGAGGCGCUUUUGUUACCGAAAAUGUAGAAGACUGUGCCGGAAGGUUCUUCUUCCUAAA